AUGCGAGCGUGGCUCAUCGCAAAGGCCGAGGAAGAUAAACGCCGGGCUGAGCAAGAGCGAACCAUGCAGGAGAACAUCCGACUGGAACAGAGACGUACCGAGCACGAAAUGCUGCGAACGUCCCUCAACGGCGGUAUACCGCCUCCCAUGGUGCCGAUCGUUUUUGCCGGCAUGGCCGGUGGCAGCUUACCUCAGGCCGCACUCGAAUGGGCACAUCAAUUUAUGUUCCCUCAUGGCCCGCCACUGCCACCGCAUUUGCAACAGCUUUCACCACAACUACAGCAACAGCAACAGCACCAGCAGCACCUCAUCGCGGCCAGCAGCCCUGGCCUUUCCGAGCUGCAACGUCGGAGUUCUCAAGCACUGCCACAGCCACCUCAUCCGCCGCCGCCGCCGUCUCAGGCACAGCAACUGCAGUUGCAGCAGCAGCAACUGUACGGACAACCGUACGGCGGAGGUGGCGGUGGACCGGGCGCACCGGGCCUAGCACCUGGUCCAGUGCCGUCUUCGGGUGUGCAAUUUGCGACGCAAAGUCCGGUGUCACCGUCUCGCGCGCGCGGGUACAGCGUUCCAGGACCUGGCAACCGUCCGGGGAUGGGAGGAGGGGCUUCCAACUUGCCGACUCUCAACACGAAUGUUGCCCACCCGCAUGGACAACAACAGCCUGACUCGCAGGCCUCGCCGCUCUACAUUCACCACUGGCAGCCGCCCUCGAGUCAGGGGGGAAGUGGCUCCGGGCAGGCCAGUACUGCUCCAGUCCCGCGGGAUAUCGCCCUCGCCGUAUUCGUCGGCACCACCGUCCGCGACCGGCUCAUCGAGAGAGGCGGGGGCGGACAUCCGGUGUCGUCGUUGCUGUCAGAAGAUCCGCAUCCGACGGGCGGAUUGUCAUACGGAGCCGGAGGCGACAGCGAGCGUCAUCGGUCACCUCGGUCUGGCCAUCCCACAGACGAUAAGGGCAGUACUGGAGGCACAAAUGCAGGCGGCAACAGAGACGGAAAGGACUGA